AUGGCCUCGCCUCCAAAGCCGUGGGAGCGUCCUGGCGCAACAGCAGCUACACCUGCCGCUUCCACUUCCGCCGCCACUCCCACCUCUUCGACGACCUCCGCUGCCUCUCCCGCCAUACCACCAAGACCCGAGUCCCUGACAGCAUCAGUCAACCAGAACGCCGCCGCGUAUAGCAGGAUGGGGUCCACCGGCUACGGAUCGUACGGAGCGGGCGGCUACCCAUCCUCGUACUCCUCCUACGGCUCGCCAUACGGUGGCAUUGGCGGCGGCUACGGUGGCCUUGGGGGCAUGGGAGGAUACGGCGGAGGGAUGUACGGUGGCAUGGGUGGCUACGGUGGCUAUCGCUCCAUGGGAGGUUACGGUGGCAUGGGAGGAUAUGGCAUGGGCGGCAUGCAGGACCCCAAUAACCCGGAAAGCUUGACGAACAGGGUCAACCAGAGCACGCAGGCAACCUUCCAAGUGCUGGAAGGUAUCGUGGGCGCGUUCGGUGGGUUCGCACAGAUGCUUGAGAGCACGUACAUGACCACGCAUUCUAGCUUCUAUGCCGUGGUUGCUGUGGCCGAGCAGUUUGGAAACCUCCGCGACACCCUGGGCCAUGUCCUCGGUAUAUACACAAUAAUGCGCUGGAUGAGGACGCUGAUCGCCAAAAUCACGGGACGGCCACCACCCGCCGACGCGAUGGCCCUCACGCCGGCCUCCUUCGCGAGGUUCGAAGGCCGCCACGCGGCGGACGGCUCGCCGUCGCCGUCCAAGCCGAGCCGCAAGCCCCUCAUCUUCUUCCUCCUGUUCGCCUUCGGCCUGCCGUACCUCAUGACCAAGAUGAUCCGGUCGAUGGCCGCGUCGCACGAGGAGGAGGAGCGCAGGCGGCAGCAGCUGCAGGCGCAGGCGCAGCCGAUCGACCCGUCCAAGCUCGAGUUCUGCCGCGUGCUGUGGGACUUCUCGCCCGAGGCGGGCGGCGGCGACGCCGUGGUCAAGGGGGUCGACCUCGAGGUCAAGAAGGGCGACCUCGUCGCCGUGCUCAGCAAGACGGACCCGCUCGGCAACCCCAGCGACUGGUGGCGCUGCCGCUCCCGCGACGGCCGCAUGGGGUACCUGCCGUCGACGUUCCUCGAGGUCGCCAGGCGGCCCGUCGCCGCCAUAAAGGCUACAGCCUCGCUUGACAGCAGCAGGGCCAACUCGCUCACCAGCAGCGUCACGAGCGCGGCCCAGAAGCCUGCUGCGGCGGCCCCUGAGCCUGAGAAGGUGCCUGUACCAGCGGGCAAGCCUGGCGAUAUCACCGCCGACAGCUUCCAGAAGUCACAGUUCUACAGCUAG